GGAGGGACCUUCUACCCCUUGCCAAUUGCUUUGUAUUUUAUUAAUUAUUUAAGCGUUCGCUCCGGGCGUCGCUCGCCUCUCUCCUCCGCUCAAGUCGCCAGCGCAGCCGCGUGUCGGGGACCAGGCAGGCUGCGAGGGCGCUCCGGCGGGUGGGGUGGGGGGCGCAGAUCGAGGACACAGCCAGCCGAGUGUCGAAGCUUGCUACUUUUUGAAUACUGUUGGGUGAUUAUUGACACCGGUCGGAUCUGGGAUUCCCGCACAGCACGCCGAGAUCGAAAGCCGUUCCUCUUGCUGUUGUCGCAACAGCGCGGCGAGGCACCGCAGCAAAAGGUCCGGCGGAGCGACGUCGAUUGCAAGUUUUACGGAUUUCAUUUGUUCGUGAAAACCCCUUCCCCCCCCCCCCCGGCCAACAACAACAACAACAGCGAUAAUAACAUUUUAUUACAGGCAUCGCAGACGACCUUGGUACAGGUGUGCCGGACAGGUGUGAGCAGGCUCGUAAGGUGCGUGCAGGUAAGAGAGCACAGGUCCCAACCGAGCAGCUUUGCGAGCAGCUACGAAGGUGCCGAGAACCUCUUUGGCCCCAUCAACGAUGCCGCCGUUGACGCAGCUACGGCUGACGGUGAUUAUGCUGCUGCUGCUGCCGCUGCUGAUGAUGAUGAGCGUCGCGCCGUGCCUUGGAGCUCCGGAGAGCCGAGGAGGACCCCGCGGCUUCGCGCACCGCGGCUGGCUCCGACUCUUGGCGGAGGGCGAAGGCUGCGGCGAUUGCGACCCGGAGCUGUGCCCGCUGCCUACCGGCUGCCCGGCCGGCACCGUGCCCGACCACUGCGACUGCUGCCGCGAAUGCGCCAACGCGGAGGGGCAGAUCUGCGACCUGGACGAGACGGCGCACUUCUACGGUCGCUGCGGUGACCACCUCUCCUGCGUGCUCGACGGAGGUGGUGCCGGGGACGGUGCCGAACGAGGAGGCGACGGCGGCGGCGAGUACGGCAUCCCCGAGCCGCAGUGCGUGUGCGUGUCGGAGCAAACGCUAUGCGGCACCGACGGCAGCACGUACCCCAACGUGUGCAGGCUGUCGGAGGCGGCGCACAGGCUCGGCGCGGCGGCCCGAAACUUGAGCGUGGCGCACGAGGGGCCCUGCGAGACAGCCCCAUGGAUCGCGAUGCCGCCGAAGGACAUCGUGAACGUGAGCGGCAGCGACGUGGUGUUCGGCUGCGAGGUGUCGGGCUUCCCCAUGGCGUUCGUCGAGUGGCGGAGGGAGGGCGUGGACGAGCUCCUCCCGGCCGACGACGCUCACCUCGCCGUGCAGGCGCGGGGAGGCCCCCAGCGCUACCAGAUGACGGGCUGGCUGCAGAUCCACAACGUGCGCCCCAGCGACAGCGGCGUGUACGUGUGCUACGCGCGCAACCGCCUCGGGGAAGCCUACGCUACCGCGCGUCUUAUCAUCAUUAGCCCAGAUUCUCCGGAGGCCGAAGAGAUCCUUCACAAUCCAUCCGUCCUCGAUUUCCCAGUCUAUGAUGAUGAAGAAGAUGACGAUUAUUAGAUACUUGAGAAGACCUCAAAGAUACACGUACGGGACUGUUCAGAGAGUGCAUUUACCAGCUGCUUAUAAUUAUAAAAAAAAUAUUACUUCUUCCACGAUUAUAAAUAGUCUGGCACAAUUUCUGCCUAAUAUUAUUCACUCCAAUUCCUUUGAAAUGUGUGUGUAUUACAGUGAUAAAGUAUAAUGCAUAAAAUGGCCAUUAUAAGGGUACAAUUUUGUAAAGUUGUAAUAAUGUAAUUUUCGAAUACUUUUAAACUGCUUUAUGCACUAUUUAUAAUCUUUACAAAGCUCUUACACAAAUCAGCCUUGCUGGAGUGUAACUCUACGAGGUACAUUUCACAAGUCAUCCAGAAUGCACCUGAUGUUAUCAGAUUUCAAAAAGCCAAUUUGAACCUGAUUGACGCUUUUGGAUUGGCUUACCACAGUGCACAAAAAGGUGUUGUGGGCCUGCUGUGGAGCUACGUUGUGUGCAGCACGGGGCAGUACAGAUACAUCUGUUGUACUGCUUUAGGCUCCCACAGCUAUGUUCCCCCCUACUUUCACCACCCCGCACUGACCAGUGCCAAGCACGAUCAAAUAACUCACACAGUGUGGGGAAGCCUUAAUCCAGCAGUGGAUUGGCAAAAAGGGCCGUUAUGGUGCCACUCAAAAUUCAAGUUUGUGAUUUUCCAAGCCACGCCUCUGGUUUAAUUAAUUUGACUGUAAAACUAAAUCCACAGCAAGUUUAAAGACAAUUUCUUCGACGGAGUUGAACACUGCAUUACAGGCAAUACACAUAGUGAUCGUUUAUGAGUAUAGUCGCAGAGAAUCAAAGGGGAUCCUGAGAAACCUGUGACUAUGGAAAGAGUAGGACGACAUUCUCAGCAGUUGACUCCUCCAACCAAAACUAACAAAUUGAGAGGAGGAUGAGAGGGGAGAAAAACUGAAAGUUAAAUAUGAAAGUUCAAUGUUCCAUAUUGCAUAUUGAGUGGUGCCCAAAUGUACAUGCACAACUUUCUUUACCCAUGAAAGCCUUACUGAGUCUCAAGAUCGUUUUCUCUACGAGGGUAUUGCUUGAAAUAUUAGACCAAGUACAUUUUGAGUAUUUUGUGUGUAUAUCAUGCAAGGUGGCUUUUGUGUGAUUAAUGGGAAUCAAUAUAUGUUUGCUUAUUGAAUCUGUUAUAAUGCUGAUACGGCACUCGCCACUUAUCAAUUUGUCUCACGAAUCAUUCGCACAGGCUCACUUGCCCAUCAUCGAAUGCAGGACAUUGGCUGCAUUAUACUUUUCCAGACCGUGAAACUGUAGCCAGUAUAUGCAAAUACUGUGAGACCACUAACGCUAACAUAUAUUUUUACAAACCUAAAAGGAAUAAACCGGACGAUCAGAUUGUAGCUUUGACAAAAUAUCGGUUUUUCUUAUGGUGCUAGACAUUGCAUUCAAAUGUAUUGAAACGUUUGCACAAUAAACCCCAAAAUAAACUUUUUACAAAAGCUG